AUGGUAUCCACGCCUUUGACGACACGUACGCCCCCUACCGUUUCAAGGUCUACCUCACCCACUUUAUCCUUCUACGCCUCUACUGCUUCUUCCCGUGCCCGUUCCUCAUUCUCCAAGGAACAAGACAGUACUUCAAGCCCAGGUUCAGGAGGAGUAGCUUGGGGAACAGGUGUGGAUAACAGAAGACCAUCUAGUUCUAGGAUUGGAUCAUCGAGUAAGAUCUCACCGAAACAUAAGGGAUCUCCAAGAUUACAAGCUUCUCCGAAAUCUAAAGAAUCCCCUCGUCUCAAUUCUUCAACCGGUCCGACUGAAACAGUCAAAGUUGGUCGAUCAAGAAGAGAAUCUCCAAUAUCAACAUCGUCAAACCUUCCCACUCCCACCACUUCUAGCAGUCAUCCUCGUGAAGAUAGAGAAUACAGAAAAGACAAAUCGGAUGAAAUAAGCAAAAGGAAUCGAAAAGGUGACAUACCACCUUCAACUAUAAAAGAUCAAAGGGAGAUGCAAAAGGUUUCUUCCGUGAUUCCAACAUCCACAACCAACUUUUCAUUAUCUCCACAGAAAAGACAAUCCAGUCUUUCCACAACACCCACGAGGCCUUCCAUACCACGUUUAUCAUCAAACACCUCUACUGGAUCCGGAUCUAGAAGACCUUCACUCAAACCUAGACCUUCGGGAUCAGCUACUCCACCUCGACGAUCGGCCCGUUCCACUCCCGCUGAAAAUCAUUCCUCCCCUUCAGUUGAGAAACGAAUUACCAAGACGACAUCUCCCAAACCUCAUUACUCUUCCACUGCGAACGUUCCUCGACCCAGACGGCCCAGUGGGAACAUUGAUUCACUUUCUACUUCCACCUCUUCCAUCAAAUCCGAUCAACGUUCCAUUGCUGUGGGUUCAAGAAGGACAUCUUACCACCUUUCUGGAUCUUCUUCUUCUGCUACCGUGUCUACUGCCGGUGAACCUUCCUCAAGAUCCGAAGUGACUUUUGACAUCCAACCUGAACCAGGACAGAUAAGCGAACCGCAUUCUGCAGCUUCGAGUGGAUCUACUUCGUAUCUCACCCCUCCUGAUUCUGCCGAUUUGGACGGUCCCAUUGUGGAACUGUCUUCACCUGAUCCUUCGGCGGAUAUAGGAUUGCAGAAUCCCAUAUAUUCUCAUCCAACAAGAUCAGAUUUUGAAUCUAGUACUGGAGCAACCUUAAGACCGGAAGAUAUACCACAGAGAUCAUCCUCUCGUUCAAGGAGUACGAGCCCUACUAUAUCACCUCGAUCAAGUUCGCUCGCUUUACACGUAGAAUCCGAAUCGAUCGAAGAGGAUCACGAAUUGUCUUCGAAAGUUGAUUCAGGUGAAUCUCGACCCAUCCCCAUUAGACCUUCUAGAACAAGAGACUACAGUCAAAAUUCCCUUUCAUCUAUAAUUGAGGAUCACACUCCUUCGCACUCUCCAUCUCGUCACUUAGAAACACCACCUCUUCAUCGAUUAUCCCCCUCCAACUCUCCUUCUGGAAUACCCAAACCUUCUUCUCCUUUCUCUCCACGUAAAACUCCUCGAUCACCUCGGAAAUCACCAGGUCUGACAAUCACCCCUCCACCCCGUAUCCCCAUCGCUUCUGUCAGACCCAGUCCUCCAGUCCCCGCCAAAAGUCCUUUAAGAAGCUUGAGUCGUCAAACCUCUGGAUCCAUGUCAAACGUUUCUAUACGUUCAACACCUUCUCGAUCAAUAUCAGGUCUUUCCACCAUGUCCCGAGCGAGCGUCAUGUCUACCACAGGAGGUACAGGUCCUAAUUCCCCAGUUGAUAUUCUCGUUUCUCCUUCGGAAUCAUCAAAACGAACACGUACACCGAAAUCGCCCAGAUCUUCAAGAUCUCCAAUACCUUUUCCGAGUCCAGUAGGAUCGUCAGCCACCACAGCAGGAUCUUUUCGUUCUAGAAUAGGAUCCAGAGGUGAAACAUCUGAAGAAACUGAUGGUGAAGAAAUACGAUUCACAAUGAUGACUACUGGUAGUGUUUAUUCACAAGAUUCAGCACCGAUAAGUUCAAUUUCUGGAUCAAAUUCUGAUCCUUCUCAACCACCCAGUGCUUCGUCUAUACCAAAUCUUUCUUAUUAUCUCCAUCAUUCAAAUCCACAUCCUUUUUCUAAAAUCCCAAGAGACAGUGAUGACUUUACCUACGUUCAGAAUUCCAAUACGUACAAUCAGGAUAUAGGGUUCAGUCAACAGAAUCGAACUGGGAAUUCGGAAGAUACGCCGAACGAAGUGGGGAUUUCAGACGAAAGUGGAAUGAUGGUACCUACUUCCCCUGGAAUCAUGAGGAGACCCACGCGGAGACAUCGGUUAGAUGCUUAUGGGUGGGGAAAGAGAAAAGAUGAUAAACAUAAACAGGAAGAAACGGGUAGUAUGGAUGGAACGGAGGAAACGGUGGGGCAGCCUUCACCAAGACCCCACUUGGAUACAUCAUCCAAAACCCUACCUCACAUCCCCAUUCCACAAGACGACACCCCGACUUCUCUUUACGCAUCCACAUCUACUUUCACUCCGAUUUCAUCCACAUCCGAUCAAGCCGUUCAUGGUCAUAAAGAAUCACCUAUAACACCAGAUGAUUCAAAACCUGACAAAUCACCUUCUUUACCACAUCUAAAAGGUGUGAUAACUUCUAAACCUAUAAGAGUAUUAGGUUUAUUAGAUAAUCUACCACAUUCUUCUACUGUUUCUUUAAAUUCGUCAUCCAUCUCAACACCUUCAACCAACACAAACUUGAAUUUAUUACCUUCUACCUCAAAUACCUUAUCUAUCCCAUUACCGGAUUUAUUACCGUCAACAAUUGGAUCAAAGAAAUUAUUACCUUCAGCAGAUAUCUCAUCUCCAUCUAUCACACCUCUAUUACCACGUUCACCAAACAUGUCAAAACGUUCUCAUCUCAUAAGAGAAAUAGCCAAUACAGAAAGAUCUUAUGCCAAUGAUCUCGCCCUCAUUCGAGAUGCCUAUCUAGGUAAAAACGUCAGACCUAAUUCUCAACAUUCGACAGGGGUGGAUGGUCAGUCUAAUUUAGGUAAAAACGUCAGACCUAUUUCUCAACAUUCAGCAGGGACGAAUGGAGAGUCUAACACUUCUCCUGCGGGUUAUAUAAGUGAUAUUUCUAGAAGAAGUUCGAUUUAUACGUAUCAAACUGCUGAAACUAAACGUUCUUCGACACAUGAAAAUUCGGCAGCUGGUUCUUUGGCAAUUUUGAAGAACGGUAGUUCGAAUGGAUCCUUGAACCUUCAACAAACAAAUGUUUCGAAAGCCCCGAAUGGCCAUUCAAGUAAUUCAGGAAAUCAUGGUAAUUUAGGUGUGGGUGUCACUUCUCCAAACGUGCCAAAAACUUCAAAUGGUUCAACACCUUAUGGUCCUCUUGGUGUCCAUGCAACCCCCCAACAAAGUCCCAGACAGUCGUCUUCCAAUUCUGGUACUUCCACAACAUCUUUGACAAAUGGUAUGCAACCUCCUAUCGGUAAACCUUUGUCACCAUCGGAUCUUCGAGCUGUAUUUUUGAACCUUGAACAAAUCGCUCAACUUGCGGAGAAACUCGCUGCGGAGUUUGAGAAUGCUAUCGGGGAUACUCCAAAUGUUGGUAAUGGAGCAGAAGCAGAUGUCAGAGAGGGGAAAGAUGUGAGAGAUGGAAGAGAAGGCGAAGUUGGUUCUGAUCGUCUGGGAGAAGUAUUCACAAACCUUCUCACUCAAAUGCGUCCUCUCUACAUUCAUUAUUGCGCUCGUCAAUCUUCCGCUUCUGCAAAAUUACAAGAACUUUCCUCUGAUCAAGGUCAUAAACUCUGGUUGGAAGAUUGUUGGUCUCGUGUCAAACCUCAUACACACGCAUGGAAUCUGGAAUCAAUGUUGAUCAAACCCGUUCAACGAAUAACCAAAUAUCCAAUGUUAUUCGAUGAUCUAUUAUCUUCCACAACACCUGUACAUCCUGAUUAUUUCUCAAUCAGAAUAUCUGCGGAUCAUUCGAGAAUAUUAGCUUUGGAGAUUGAUGAAGCUAAAAGAAGGAAAGAUUUAGUAUCAAACGUUAUUUCACCUUUGAAAAUCAAUUCUUCAAAAGAUAAAAAAUUGAAAUUAUUCAGAAGAGAUAAACUUUCACAAUCAAAUUCUACAUCUUCUCUCCCAAUGACUUCAUCUUCCAAUUCUAUUUCAGGCAUUGUACGAAAGAAUCUCUCAUUAGAUUCUUUGAUAGAAAUACCAAAAUACGAAAUUCAACAAUUACAAUCUCUUAUUUCUCAAUUGGAUUCGAUCGAUGUACAAACAAGAAAAACCGGAAAAGAAAUAAUAGUAUUUGUUAACAUGUUGAAAGAAACUAUUCUAGCUCAAAUAUCUUUAACACAAACUUGGUCAAACGUUAUAGUUUUAGAUGAUUCAGAUUUAAACGAUAAUCGACUUUUGACAUUUUCUUCAAUACUUGAAAGUUUGUUAAAAGAUUCUUGGAUGAAUUUCAACGUUCAAAUAAGGGAUGUGGUAUUACCUAUCUUCGCGAGGGUUUUAGAAAAUACUAAAAACCCAAAGAAAGUUAUAGGUAGGAUGCAAAGUAAUUGGGGAAAUUAUGAAAAAUAUUUCAUUUCCAAUAAUUCAAACUUAGAUAUUCUUCCUAUCAAAAAUUCAAACUUGGAUAUUCUUCCCAAAAAUUCAAAAUCAGAUAAUCAGAAGAAUAUCAAAUCGGAAAUGUUCAAAACCCAAAAAACAGAAAUAUCAACAAAGGUAUCAAAAUUGGAUAUAUCUAAAACUGGUAAAUCUCCUGAAAAAGAUAAAAGUUUAAAAGAAUUCGCUAGAGAGGUAAUUAGUUUACAUUUACAAUUGAAAGAAGAAUUACCUGGGUUUAUCAAAGGUCAAGAGAAAUUGUAUGGUUUGGCUCUGGGAGAAUUCGUGAGGUUACAAAUGAUUUUCUUUAGAGAGAUGAAUGAGAAAUGGGGGAGUUUUGUUGGAGAUUGGAUUAGACCUCCCAGGAAGAUUUCUGGAGCUAUUCCUUGGAAAGACACGGACGCACCGAGAAAAUCUUCUUUACCACUCAUGUCUUCCCUCGUACCUCAAGAUGCGUCUCGCGAGACUGAUAAUAUGAACUUGGGGAAUCAAGAUUUCGAUUUGACAACGGGGAAAGGUAUAGUUAAAGCUUGGCAUCAAAGUUGGGCACCUUAUGCGGAAGCUAUGGAACAUUUUUCUUGUACACGGCCUGCCCGCCACACCGCUCGUACUGCUUCCUUCAACGACACCACAAUCCCUCUACGCCCAUUCCAUCCGCGUUCUCCCACCUCACCCGUCCUCCCCACCUCCGCGACCGUUCCUUCCGUCCGUCAUUCCCCUUCUUUCUCUGCGCAUCUACGUAUCCCCCGUCCUUCCAGCCCACUCAGAAGAGAAAAUUCCGGACGCAAGCGGUCCAUCUCUCUCAUCGGGGAUCAAAAGUCCACUGGUUACGAUACCAUCAAAGUCACCGGAUUACCCAACAUCCAGAGCGCAAGUUCCAGGUUAUCGUCGGAAGGUUUCAAACCGAGUAAAUUCCCACAUAUCACCAGCAAAUUAUCUCUACAUCCGAAAGAGUCGGCUUCCAAUUCCGAAACAUCCGUCAUGUCUCCAAAAGAAUCGAAAUCGUUCAGAUCAUCUAAAGAUGGUAAAAACUCCAAGGAGAAAGGUAUCAUCGAACUCAAAGAAGGGAAAGAAGGAAAGGAAGGAAAGGAAAGUAGGGAAGGACAUUUUGGUCUUUUACACAGAAACAGUAAUCGAGUCGUACAAGAUAACAAAUCCCAAAAUCCAGAUCUAUCUUCAAGACCUACCAGUCCGACAAGUCCUAACAAACCUUCAAAACGAUUGGCCGUACCUCGUUCCGCAGACAGUUCUGGAAGGUUAUCAUUCGGACUCCCACGAAUCUCCCCAGCGUCAAGUAUGGGUAGUUUAGCGAGUUUAGGUAACUUAGCUAUCAGUCCUAAUCUUUCUGGUCCAUUACAUCAACCUCACUUACCUCGAAGUCCUUUCCCACAUAAUGAUACACCUUACCGAACUGGCUUCCCUUCUUUGGAUAACCCGGGUAUAUCGACUUUACAAAGUUACGAAUCACCAUAUACAACACCCGCUUUAGCAAGUUUGGAAGGAUAUAACACUCCGAAUCUCGAACUUGAAGGAUAUCUACCCAGUCCAGAUGUACCGACUCAUCCUUAUUCAAAUCCUAAUGCAAAAGGGAUUUCACCAUACUCUGAGUCGAAAGGUGAUGCGUCGGGAAAUAAUAGAGUAGGUUUAGGUCUUGGGAUAUCAUCAGAUAUCAAAGGGAAAAGAUGGUCGAACGAAACUACACAGUUUGGGAUAUUCGAUUCACCUGAAUUGAACGAAAGUGAUUUGGAAGAUUUACGUUUGGGAAGAUUAUCUUCCAUUUCCACUCAAGUUGGGUUAUCCGGUCCGUUUGAAGAAGUAGGAUCUAGGAGGUCGUCUCAGAUGGAAUCAAGAAGGACUUCAGGUGGGAAUCAAUCGAGAAAAAGUUCUGAAAAUCGACCUUUUAUGCAAGUUCAAUCGAGGAGAGAAUCUGAGAAUAUCAGUUUUACUCGAAUGCAGGAGAGAAGGGAAUCAGAGGAUAUCACUUUGACUGGAGUACAUUCGAGAAGAGGAUCAGACGUGAAUCCUGUUCUUGGACAGCAAAGAGGUAUAAAUCCUGAGCAAGUACAUCAACGAGGUAUAGACGCUGCGCAAGUACAUCAAACAGGUGUAAAUCACGCACAAGUUCAUCAAAGAGGUGUAAAUCCCGCACAAGUACAUCAACGAGGUAUAGAUCCUGCUCAUGUACAGCAAAGAGGUACUAGUAAAGGAGAAUUGAGAAGAUCUUUGGAAAUACGAAGGAGGAGUCAAUCCAUAGUUGAAUCAUCGUUCAAAACUAUUCCAAAUAUAAUUCAUCCGGAUAAUUCGUUCGUUAUUGGAAGAGAGUCAAAUACCUCGUAUCAUCCAGACGAGUUCUUCGUGAAUGGUGAAGGGUCAAAUAUCAGGGUUGGAGAGAUACAAGGAUGGGAUAAUAGAUACAUGAUGGAUGGACGUGGUUCUGAUAAGAGACAUGUUUCGGAAGGUGAUCGGGGUACGAGGAGAGAAUCGGGAUAUAGAGAAUAUGAUGCUGGAGAAGGAUGGAAGGAUGAACCUGUUAUAUAUCAAUGUGCUUGUGUUGCUGAUUUUGACCCGGCCAUGUUGGGUAAAGCACGUUAUCGAGGUUUACGUUUCCUCCCCAUGACCACGGGUGAUUUGAUCGACGUGUUUUUCGAAGUUGGAAGGAUUGAUGAACUUCCUGCUUUUCCUUAUAGAGAAGUGGGUGUGGAGAAUGAUGGUGUUUUGGUGGGUAGGAGUGAAGAUGGAGCCAUAGGAUUGGUAAUUUGCAGUUUCCUAGAACCGCUCAGAGAGUGA